UCUUUAAGACAUAUUUCGCGUGGGCGACGGAGCAGAACGUUAUCCCUUCUUUGUCAGAAUUUGUUCGUUUGAAUGUUGACUUCAUAGCCAGAUCAUCUCCAUUUUCGAGUGACCUUCUGGGACUGGAGGGUGCGUGGAAAAAGCGUUUCGAGUUAGCUUCAAAUAUCUUACGUACCAAGGAAAAAAGUCGUCGCGAAAAAACCUACACUAUGUAUUCAAAUGAGAAUGAAUAUGUUGGAAAUGAGUUGCUAGAAGACCAGAAAAAACCAGAACUUGAUGCCAAUGACUCUACUUGUGCAAAAACUACCCGCAUUACGAAACGACUUCUAGACAAAACGACUCCAACAACCCUUUUUAUUGCAUCUGGAAUAACCGAAGAGAACAACUUGAAUGGGCUUUUUACAACACCUGACGGGAACGAUUCAGAUAAAUCCUAUCAUCCCAGUUCGGAUGAACCAGGUGAUGAUACUUUCAUUGAGAUAAAAAAGAAGAUAAAUAAUUAUACCUAUGACUGGUUUACUGGACCAGGUGUUAUGAAAUCUUCAUUAAGUGAGGGUGCAAAAAAGUGGAUUAUCGACACACUCGACGUUUCGAAUUUAUUACUAGAAUAUCGUGAUAUGUCAGUUCAACGAGCUUCUGAGAAUAAGAUUGAAGAGAUUGCUGAAAUACU